GGUCGCAUCAAUCAUUCGAUCCCCUCCCUCCCACCCAGCCUCCACUUUCCCCAGUUCCUUCGCAACUCCCUCCCGAGUCCCGACGCCGAGUCGCCGACGGCGGCCCUCCUCCUGCGCGCGCAACCAGCCCACCCCCGUGCGCCUCCAUCGCCUGCUGCCCCGCUUGCUGGUCGCCGCCACCGUCUGCUGCCCAACUGCCCCGCUUGGAGGUCAGCCACCACCACUCACUGCCACCGUGUCCUGCGGUCACCCAACAGCAGAGCUGGCAUCGUGGCCCAAGUACUGUUAACGUCGUCUAAUGGGGAAUAAUAUGGGUCGUCUUCAACUACACUUGGUAAUGAAUGCAACAUCAAGAAGCUUUUGGCAUGAGCUGAGGGAUUUGUGGAAUAGUCCAAGGGGAACAGUGCUCCGAAUUGAGUCAUUAGCCCUAGUGGCUAUGGUUCUCUCCUUCUUUCUUGCUGCCUUCGGGUCCUGCCGCCGGUGGUCCAACAGUUGGUUCAUACAAAAGGGCUUCUUGGCUGCAAAUGCAUUGUUUCUAUCCCUAGGAACCUACUGCAUUGGCCUAAUGCAAUCUUCUCAAGUGAAGAGCGAGAUGUACCCCUUAUGGGCAGUAUCCUUGCUGGCCCUCCUUUGCUGCGUUGAUUCAGCCGCCGCAUCCAGCCUCGACAGCAGGAGUCAGCUCUGGAAGAUGUUGUAUCAGCUCUGCCUCUACUUUGGAUAUGUUGUUUUGGUGAGCAUCUCAACCAUCUCCAGUGAUAUUGGUAACAUAGCCAUUUGCUUGCUAGCCGCCGUGACAUUCUUCAAGGGAUUACAUAGGUCAAUGGCCCUUGUGCUACCAAGUUCUAUGCGGAACAUGGUCAAAGAGAUUCCAAAAUCCAGGCAGAAUUUCUCUUUCAUGAAUCCAGGUGAAGAAAAAAAUCUACUUGUCGAUGACGACCUAGACACAGCUGAGCGUUGGGGAUCUACUGAAAUGGGUGAGAUAGCUUCCAUAAGGUUCCAAGACAGUAGGCUAGAACCAGAGCUCAAUGCCUGCAAGGACAUGUGCGUCUCCCUCUCUCUAUCUCAUCUGUUGCACCGGCGUUUCCUUGGGUUAAGCAGUGCUAAACCAACAAUGGAUAACAGGGAGCCCUUGGUUAAAAACUACGAGAGGGCCUUGAAGCUGGUUGAGACUGAGCUGGCUUUUCUAUAUGAUGUCUUGUACACCAGCAAUGCAUUCCUCCAUUACUACGAAGCGAUGAGUGCUAGCAUCUGGGCGUUUGCUUCGCUUAUUGGGAUAUGCUUUGUUGGGACGACAGUUGUUGUCGUACUCGUACCUAGGGCGAGGGCUGCUCCUCGUCAUGCUUCUUCUCCUGGCAACACCACCUUUGUGGACACCACGGUAGCGGACUUUGUCAUUACUGGAGUGAUAAUGGCGUCUCUAGCUCUGCUGCAGGUGUUGCAGUUGCUACGCUGUUGGACCUCAAACUGGGCCAAAGUCUCCUUUGCCCGCGACUGCAGAAGGAUCUUCACCUACUAUAACGACGUAUACGAUAUAAAAAAUGAGGAUUUGGGUUGGGGAAUGAGGUUGAGAGCAUCUCUUAUCAAGAUUGACUGGUCUGACAAAUACCAAUACCUCUGGCAGAAUAAGCUCGGGCAGCAUUCAUUAAUGGAGUCAGUCACUGUGGGCGGCAUUCGUGAGUGUCGCAUCCCUUGCUGCUUUUCUUUCUUGCAAGAGAACCAGUGUCUUUGCUUUUGCCUUUGGUUAUGCAUCUGUUUCUUGGGAUUCCUGAUCCUUAGCAUCCAGAAAGUUUUGGAGGUGUUUGGACUGCAGUACGUACGUCGAGAGGUGCGAGAAAUGUUUUGGGGCAGCUGCAACACAGGGGGUGGUGCCAUUGAGUUUCACGCUGAUGUGAAGGCAUCCAUCGGUGACUUCGUAAGUGAGAAGAUGAGGGGCGAUGAGAUAAGUGGUUGGGCAUCAUUCAAGGUUGAGAGCAAUGAUACUGAACUAGGUGGCCUAUUCUUGAAAUAUGUUGCAGAGUUGCGUCAUCGUUUAUCUCCCCUUUUCGAAGAUGGCGAUGAUGAGGUUGGCGUGCCUUGUAUUCUGAUGUGGCACAUCGCGACAUGCUACUGCCAACUUGCACAGCAGCAUAAGCAUCACGACGACGACAAGAAUCAUCGCGUGGCCAUGGCUCUGUCCAAGUAUUGCACAUACUUGGUGGUCUCAGCGCCACGCUUGCUCCCUGGGCGCUCUGACAAUACGAAGAAACUGUACGCUGGAGUUAGAGACGUGGCAAUUUGGAGUGUCAAGUCCACUACUACUGUAGACAAUAAGCUGCAGGCAAUGGAAAGCUUUGACCCGUCCAAGUACGGAAGGUAUUGUGAGACCAAGUAUGGAAUGUACUCCGCCGAGUACCGUGUGUUGAUGGGAUCCUCCAUCAUCUAUGAGGCGGGUGUGGCGUUGGGGAAGGGACUCAUCGGAAGCACGCCCGCUGCUGAUCGGUGGGAGAUGCUGGCAGAGUUCUGGGUGAAGGCGUUGCUGUACGCGGCGCCGUCGGACAAGGCGGAGGAGCACAUGCAGCACCUCUCGCAGGGCGGCGAGCUCAUCACCCAUCUCUGGGCUCUGCUCUAUCACGCCAGUGUUCACAGGUGGCACCUUGAUCAGCCACAAGCAGAAGCAGGACAAGGACCCGUUGUCGUCAAGAUGGGGUGGGAUUACAUCUUCCGGAUCCGCUCAUGGAAAGACCUCAAACCACCACCUGCUGCUCAGGGCCAAGCAGGGAUAAUACAACAAUUAACACGUAAAGAGGUGAUCAUCGACGUCGUACAGGAUGACGACGGGGCUUCUUCCUCAAGCCAGCCAGCCGCCGUCUCAUGAAUGAAGCGCCGCCACCGCCGCCGCCACGUCCAGCGCCCUUUACCUACUUACUCCCCUUCAUCACUACUAGAUCCAAGAGGGAAUGAAUAUGUACAUGUAGCGCGAGCUUUUAUUUAUUUGCUGUUGUCUGUCCCCAUGCUUGCGACUAUGGCUGAUCUAUAUCGAUAUGUAUUCGAGGAACCGCCUAAAUUAUCUCGACUAAACCAGGUCAUCAUCCAUUGAUCAACCCAGCUUAAGCGAGAUAA